GCGCGCGGCCCCGCUCUGAAGCGAGACCCGGGUGGCGGGACAAGACCUGCUUCCCGGCCAAGCGCGCUCGGCCGGCCGUAGGGCGGGGCAUCGGCCGUGAUGUGGUGCCGCGUAUCGAGUCUCCGCCCCCUUCCCGCCGCCCCAUAUAUAAGACUUCGCCGAGCGUUGUUACUCGCACAAGUGGACUGGGGUGUUGGGUGCUCGUCGGCACCAGAGGCAAGGGUGCGAGGGCCACGGCCGGCUCGGACGUGUGACCGCGCCUAGGGUUGGCAGCGGGCAGUGCGGGGCGGCAAGGCGACCAUGGAGCUUUUGCGGACUAUCACCUACCAGCCAGCCGCCAGCACCAAAAUGUGCGAUCAGGCGCUGGGCAAGGGUUGCGGAGCGGACUCGAAAAAGAAGCGGCCGCCGCAGCCCCCCGAGGAAUCGCAGCCACCUCAGUCCCAGGCGCAAGUGCCCCCGGCGGCCCCGCAUCACCAUCACCACCAUUCGCACUCGGGGCCGGAGAUCUCGCGGAUUAUCGUCGACCCCACGACGGGGAAGCGCUACUGCCGGGGCAAAGUGCUGGGAAAGGGUGGCUUUGCAAAAUGUUACGAGAUGACAGAUUUGACAAAUAACAAAGUCUACGCCGCAAAAAUUAUUCCCCACAGCAGAGUAGCUAAACCUCAUCAAAGGGAAAAGAUUGACAAAGAAAUAGAGCUUCACAGAAUUCUUCAUCAUAAGCAUGUAGUGCAGUUUUACCACUACUUUGAGGACAAAGAAAACAUUUACAUUCUCUUGGAAUACUGCAGUAGAAGGUCAAUGGCUCAUAUUUUGAAAGCAAGAAAGGUGUUGACAGAGCCAGAAGUUCGAUACUACCUCAGGCAGAUUGUGUCUGGACUGAAAUACCUUCAUGAACAAGAAAUCUUGCACAGAGAUCUCAAACUAGGGAACUUUUUUAUUAAUGAAGCCAUGGAACUAAAAGUUGGGGACUUCGGUCUGGCAGCCAGGCUAGAACCCUUGGAACACAGAAGGAGAACGAUAUGUGGUACCCCAAAUUAUCUCUCUCCGGAAGUCCUCAACAAACAAGGACAUGGCUGUGAAUCAGACAUUUGGGCCCUGGGCUGUGUAAUGUAUACAAUGUUACUAGGGAGGCCCCCAUUUGAAACUACAAAUCUCAAAGAAACUUAUAGGUGCAUAAGGGAAGCAAGGUAUACAAUGCCGUCCUCAUUGCUGGCUCCUGCCAAGCACUUAAUUGCUAGUAUGUUGUCCAAAAACCCAGAGGAUCGUCCCAGUUUGGAUGACAUCAUUCGACAUGACUUUUUUUUGCAGGGCUUCACUCCGGACAGACUGUCUUCUAGCUGUUGUCAUACAGUUCCAGAUUUCCACUUAUCAAGCCCAGCUAAGAAUUUCUUUAAGAAAGCAGCUGCUGCUCUUUUUGGUGGCAAAAAAGACAAAGCAAGAUAUAUUGACACACAUAAUAGAGUAUCUAAAGAAGAUGAAGACAUCUACAAGCUUAGGCAUGAUUUGAAAAAGACUUCGAUAACUCAGCAACCCAGCAAACACAGGACAGAUGAGGAGCUCCAGCCACCUACCACCACAGUUGCCAGGUCUGGAACACCCGCAGCAGAAAACAAGCAGCAGAUUGGGGAUGCUAUUCGGAUGAUAGUCAGAGGGACUCUUGGCAGCUGCAGCAGCAGCAGUGAAUGCCUUGAAGACAGUACUAUGGGAAGUGUUGCAGACACAGUGGCAAGGGUUCUUCGGGGAUGUCUGGAAAACAUGCCAGAAGCUGAUUGCAUUCCCAAAGAGCAGCUGAGCACAUCAUUUCAGUGGGUCACCAAAUGGGUUGAUUACUCUAACAAAUAUGGCUUUGGGUACCAGCUCUCUGACCACACCGUUGGUGUCCUUUUCAACAAUGGUGCUCACAUGAGCCUCCUUCCAGACAAAAAAACAGUUCACUAUUACGCAGAGCUUGGCCAAUGCUCAGUUUUCCCAACAACAGAUGCUCCUGAGCAAUUUAUUAGUCAAGUGACGGUGCUGAAAUACUUUUCUCAUUACAUGGAGGAGAACCUCAUGGAUGGUGGAGAUCUGCCUAGUGUUACUGAUGUUCGAAGACCUCGGCUCUACCUCCUUCAGUGGCUAAAAUCUGACAAGGCCCUAAUGAUGCUCUUUAAUGAUGGCACCUUUCAGGUGAAUUUCUACCAUGAUCAUACAAAAAUAAUCAUCUGUAGCCAAAAUGAAGAAUACCUUCUCACUUACAUCAAUGAGGAUAGGAUAUCUACAACUUUCAGGCUGACAACUCUGCUGAUGUCUGGCUGUUCAUUAGAAUUAAAAAAUCGAAUGGAAUAUGCCCUGAACAUGCUCUUACAAAGAUGUAACUGAAAGACUUUUCGAAUGGACCCUAUGGGACUCCUCUUUUCCACUGUGAGAUCUACAGGGAAGCCGAUAGAAUGAUCUGGAGCAUGUUGAAGAAGAUGGACAUGUGGUGGUACGAAAACAAUUCCCUUGUGGCCUGCUGGACUGGGUGGAACCAGAACAGGCUAAGGCAUACAGUUCUUGACUUCGGACAAUCCAAGAGUGAACCAGAAUGCAGUUUUCCUUGAGAUACCUGUUUUAAAAGGUUUUUCAGACAAUUUUGCAGAAAGGUGCAUUGAUUCUUAAAUUCUCUCUGUUGAGAGCAUUUCAGCCAGAGGACUUUGGAACUGUGAAUAUACUUCCUGAAGGGGAGGGAGAAGGGAGGAAGCUCCCAUGUUGUUUAAAGGCUGUAAUUGGAGCAGCUUUUGGCUGCGUAACUGUGAACUAUGGCCAUAUAUAAUUUUUUUCAUUAAUUUUUGAAGAUACUUGUGGCUGGAAAAGUGCAUUCCUUGUUAAUAAACUUUUUAUUUAUUACAGCCCAAAGAGCAGUAUUUAUUAUCAAAAUGUCUUUUUUUUUAUGUUGACCAUUUUAAACCGUUGGCAAUAAAGAGUAUGAAAAAGCA